CCCCACUGAAACGUAACCGCUGUGGAACUCGACGGCCACGACCUGUGACAGCUCAACCACCUUGACAACCUCCGUCUGGGGAUAGCUUCAGAUCUCCCAAACCACCACCACAGGCGAACAGAUCCAACAUCUACAGACUUGGGGGACCGUACCACAAGCUGCCACUACCACGUAUUCAUAUAAUACUUAAUAUCUUUCUCUAAUGGCGCUUAUCACAUAGUCCUCCUUCCCCUUCAAUCGCAAGCUCGAACCACCUGUUCCCGUCGUCCCCCAUUCGAAGUUCGAACGAUCAGAUUUGACCGCCCGCGCAUUCGCCCAUUCCCAUAACUAAGACGCGCAAUUUCACCCCCUCUCCCAGUAAACCAACUACAACAUCGCGACGGUACAACAACAACCAUCACCACCACAAUGGCGAACCAUCCAAUCCCCGACCUCUCCACCCUUCUCUCCUCCGCCCAAAUCUUCUCUUCCAACUACCCCCUCCCCCACAUCCGCGCCAUCCACAAGGCCCUCCAUGCCGAGAUCGACGACAAGCAGUCGCGCCUGCGCACCCAGGUCGGCGGCUCCUACCGCGAGCUGCUGGGCACGGCCGACACGAUUGUGCAGAUGCGGGGCGACAUGGAAUCCGUGCAGGCGACAUUGGGGCGCAUGGGUGGAAGGUGCGGCAGGCAGGUGGUGAAGGAGAAGAUGGAUGGACUCAAGAAGUGGGAUGAGAGCGAGGAUAUGCACAACACGAGCAGAAGGGAGGCGGCGAGGGUCAAGAUUCUGGAGGGGUGUGUGUUGGCUGUCCAGAAGUUGUUGAGACGGGAGGAGAAGGUCGCGGGGAGGGAUACUAGAAAGAUGAGAGGAGGGAAAGUGGAAGAAAAGGAGGCAGUAAUGUCCAAAGGGGAUAAAUUGCUUGUUGCGGCCAAGGUCUGCGUGCUUGGAAGACUGCUGGUCAAGACUUUUGAGCGGGAGGGCAUUCAUACCGAAGCGUCGAGGACGGCGGUCCAGUCGGCUGAUAGAUCGUUGACUGUCCUUCGCGACAGACUCCUCCGGUGCAUCGAUAGCGUGCUGGUGAGCGUCAACGAGAAACUCACGCCGCGCAGCGAUCUCCUCAAGGCGUUGAGCGCGUAUGGUCUGCAUACCAGCUCUGGAGCGCGGGACACUCUUCGCCACUUUCUCGAGGUCAGGGGGAGUGCACUGUCGCUGUCCAUCAACAACAACAACAACAACAACUGGGAGGGACAGCAGUCAGCGGCAGUUCGAACACCCAAAGACAUCCUCAGACGGCUCAGCCUCUACGCCAAAACAUUGCAAGACGUGCAAGCCCUCACACCCAACAAGCUCGCGGACGCGCUUAACGGGCUUAAGAAGAAGGCGCUCCUGGCAGAUGACGCCCUCCGCGCCAUCGAGGGUCUCCGGCUGGAUAUUUACUCGCGCUGGUGCGGCGACGAAAUCCGGUACUACACGCCCUUCAUCCGGCACGACGAUCUGCAGGCCGAAAGCGUCAACGGCCUGCUGUCUGAAUGGGCCCCCGUGCACCGCGACGUUUUUAUUGAUGACCUCGACAAGACCGUCAAGUCCAUGAGCGAAUUCAAAGCCAUCGUCGACUUGCGCACCUCCGUCCUCCGCCUCUGGAUCGCCGAGAGCUCGCGUGUCCGGUACGAUUUUUUCGCCUCCAAAGACGACAACGAUGACAGCUCGUCGGAAGGCAUCCCCAUCAGCACCUCCAUGUUCAGCCAAAUCCGCUCCACCAUCAACAACCACCUGCUCUCCGUGAUCGACACCAAAGUGCACAAGCUCCGCCUCGUCGGCUCCGAAGCCUCGGCCGCUCUGGCCGCCUGGCGCGAGGGCACCACGGACGCGCACCUCUCCCUCUGGGACCCAUCUGCCUUUUCAGGUAUCGACCUCACCAUCCCCUCCGGUGGCCCCUCUGGUGGUCCCUCUGGCAGCGGCGGCGGUGGUGCCGCCCAGCAAUUCGCCUCCGAAGUGAUCUCCCGUCUCUACGGACGCAACGACGCCGUCUCCAAAGCCGUAGCCUCUUACAAGUCCUGGUUCCACGUGAUCGACGACGUCGGGUCCGUAGUCGACCAGCUGCGUCGCCAGCGGUGGGAGAACGACCUCGAGGACGAAGAAGAUGAAGAAGGAGGAGGAGGCGACAUGAUGAUGAUGAUGGUCGUCGAAGACGAAGAGACGAUCGAGCAGCGCCACCAACUUUUGUCUCGUGAAGACCCGGAACGACUCACUACCCACCUUAGCGCGUCCCUCGUGAAAGCGUUUGCCGCCCUGGAUGAGCACUUGACGGACCUGUGGACCCAGCAGAGGGACGGUCCGAAUAACGGGCAGAUAGCCAUGUACCUCCUUCGUCUGCUGCGGGACAUUCGUAGUCGUUUACCUGAUCAACCUCAGAUUCCGACGGGCGCAGUGGCGGCGGCGCAGGAAAAGGAGGAGGACAGCAGUAUCAAAGCUUUUGGCCUGCCCACCAUUCCUUCGUUGCAUACCUCCCUUGCUCGCACGGUUUUGGUCAGCCCCGUCGAUGAGUUUGUUACAGUCGCUUUGGCUCGGAAGACGGUGGUCGGGAGAGGGUUGUGGGAGGGAAGCCCCGAACUGCCGACCUCCCCCUCGCCGGGCAUGUUCCGGUUCCUGCGCAGCCUGUCGGCGGCGAUGGCGGAGGCGGGAGCGGACCUGUGGAGCCCGGCGGCGGUGAGGGAACUCAAGAAGGAAGUGAGGCAGGAGGUGUGUAAGGUUUGGUUGGAGGCUGCUAGGGGGGUUCUAGAGGAAGCAGAGCGGCAGGAGCGGGAAAGUGGUGAGAAGGAGACUAGUAAAGAAGAGGGGGAUGAGAAGAAGGACGAUGAGAUUAAGAAAGAGGGCGAAAAUGGCGGGGAAGAAGGGGAAAAAGAAGACAAGGUGAAAGAAGAGACCGACGAGGAGGCCAAGAAGACACAAGCAGAAGAAGCCUUGGUCGCCAAAGCAGAGGCCGAGGAGAAGCUCCAAAAACAACAACAAGAAGAAGAAGAAGCCGAAAAAGCCAAUCAACAACGCCGCCGCGACCUCUUUGUCCAAUGGCUCUUCGACAUCAUCUACCUCGGCAUCUUCCUCGACGGCAGCAAAGGCGACUUCAACGCCAUUGCCAAUACCGUCUUCCAGCACUCUGGUCUGGAUCCAGGGGCCAAGGGAAGACUGGUCAAGGCGGCGCAGGAGUACUACAAGAGGACUCAGUUGUUGUUUGGCUUGUUGACAUCGUAGCCUUCCUUCCUUCCUUCAUGUGCCAUACAGAGUACAAUUACAAUAAUACCAAUUAGUUUUGCUACAUUCAUCAAUACUCGUGUACGUUGGGUAUAUGUAUAUAAGCCCGCUACUCUUGUCCCUUGCGCCCGCCAAAACUCCGACUCCGA